UCUUUCUCGAGUCUUUGCAUCACAAAUCAUUUCUUUGGCUUUGACAAGAUUUAUGCAAAAACCCAGUCUUCAAAACCCUAAUAAAAAAAUUCCUGAAAUUCCCAAUUUCCUUUUUUUAAAACACUUGAAAACCCUAAAUUUGUUGUUGCAAACAGAACCGGUGAUUGAAGGGACAGUAUUCAAAGAUCAAGCAUUUACAGACGACAUAUGUUUGCGUACAGAAAUCAAUUAAUAGAAAUUCUGCUUUUUAAUUGUUAAUCUGGGAGGUAAAUGUCGGCGAGGAGGAGGACAGGGGAAGAAAGGUUGUACUACAGUCCGCCAGCGAUGAGAAAGUACAAGUACAACCAGCAACAGCAGCAACCGAAGCUAAAUUCGUCAUAUUCAGCAUUAUCCGAGAAAAGAGAAUUCCGGUCUGAUUCAUAUUUGGAUCGAUUCUUGGAGCACACCACUCCUGUUGUGGCAGCUCAACAUUUUCCAAGGACGAGUAUGCAAGCAUGGCGGAAUCGUAGUAGUGAGUUCCAUCCAUACUUCAUUCUCGGAGAUCUUUGGGAAUCUUUCCGAGAGUGGAGUGUUUAUGGAGUUGGGGUUCCUCUUCUUUGGAGUGAUUCGGUUGUCCAAUAUUAUGUGCCAUCCCUGUCUGGUAUUCAACUGUAUAUAGAUCCAACGAGACAUGUUGGGGAACAAAGGAGGCCUGGAGAGGAGAGCGAUGCCACUUCAUCUAGGGAGACGAGUAGUGAUGGUGACAGUGAGUGUGGAACUGAUAGAGGUGCCAGUAGUAAUCAGGGAUCUUGGAGCCAGAAGAACACAGUUGGCCAAGGGUAUAGCAGAUUUGCAGGAAGAAACAAUCCUUUGACGGAAUCAUCGAUUGAUGGGGAUGAUAUUAGCAAUCCCCCAGGUCUUCUUAUUUUUGAGUACUUUGAGAGGGAGCUUCCAUUUCAUCGUGAACCAUUAGCUGAUAAGAUGUCAAUACUUGCCUCCCGCUUUCCUCAACUGAAAACAUAUAGAAGCUGUGAUCUGACUCCAUCAAGCUGGAUUUCUGUUGCUUGGUACCCUAUAUACAGGAUACCUAUUGGCCCAACUCUGCAAAAUGUUGAUGCCUGUUUCUUAACUUUCCAUUCCCUUGCAAAACCUGUUAGAAACAGCGAGGGCAUGCAGAAUGCUGACAGCAAGCUCUCGCUGCCAAUAUUUGGACUUGUCUCAUACAAGUUUAAAGUCUCAGACUCAGAUGGGAAUGGAGUUUAUGAACGCCAGAAGGUCAAUUCGCUAUUGCGAGCCGCUGACAACUGGCUUCGAGUUGUGCAAGUCGAUCAUCCUGAUUACAACUUUUUCAUGUCUCACAACACAUUCUGGAGAUAGAAGUUGGAAGUUGAGAGUUGAAACACAAACAUCUCUCUCCUCCAAUACCACCAGGCUCCUGAACAACCUUAGAGGUCGGUGAUGGAAUUUUUUGGAGAAAUUGAGAAGUUAAAGCAACCUUGCAAGUGGCUUUUCCUACAGCGAAAGCAGAUAUAAAGGUGUUGUCAUGGGUUUUCUGGAACUUCAGUAGAUGAGUACUGUUGCCGUAGGGCUUUUUUGUUGGAGAGGGUUGAUGAAUAUAAUGUAGCAUGCAACUCUUUGGCUGUGUAUACUAUAGAAUUGUUGUUGCAUUUGGCUGUGUACACUAUAGAAUUGUAGAUUAACAACUUCUUGAUGAAUAUAAUGUGCAUGCAACUCUUUGGCUGUGUA